ACAUCUAUCAAAUAAUUCACUUAUGAAUGCACAGUAGAAUACUUUAAACACAAAUAUUCGUUCACGUCGAGCUAGCGGCUUCAGGUCACGUGACUGGCAUAGUUGUUGACGUCACCGCCAACAAGGAAGUGAGCGGGCAGUGUCUUUCGAGCAGACCCCGAAAGCCGCAUCUUGUUGUUGUUGUUGUUGUUACCUGUCGAGUGGGCGCCAUGAACGUGACGCUAGCGGUGAAGCAGUACAUCUCCAAGAUGAUCGAGAGCAGCGGGGCAGGGAUGAAGGUGCUGCUCAUGGACAAGGAGACGACCAGUAUUGUGAGCGUGGUCUACACCCAAUCAGAGAUCUUGCAGAAGGAGGUCUACCUCUUUGAACGCAUUGACUCUCAGAGCCGAGAAAGUAUGAAGCACUUGAAGGCCAUCUGCUUCCUCAGACCCACCAAGGAAAACGUGGAACAUCUCAUCCAGGAGCUGCGAAGACCAAAAUACAGCGUCUACUUCAUCUACUUCAGCAACGUGAUCAGUAAAAGUGAAAUCAAAGCUUUGGCUGAGGCUGACGAACAGGAAGUGGUAGCAGAAGUGCAGGAGUUUUACGGAGAUUUCAUUGCCGUCAAUCCUCACGUGUUCUCCCUCAACCUUCAGGGCGUGGCCAAGGUAAAAAAGACGCCGGGGGCGUUGGCAAUGAGCGUGCGCGCGCUCACGUCACUUGUGUUUUCGCCGCAGGGGCGGAGCUGGGAUCCAUCCGUCUUGUGGCGCUGCACACAGGGUCUGACCUCGGUCCUGCUGGCGCUCAAAAAGUGUCCCAUGAUCCGCUACCAGCUGUCCUCCGACAUGUCCAAACGCCUGGCCGAGAACGUCAAGCAAAUCAUCACCAAAGAGUACGAGCUGUUUGACUUCAGGAAGACUGAAGUCCCACCUCUGCUGCUCAUCCUGGACCGCAGCGAUGACGCCAUUACACCACUGCUCAACCAGUGGACGUAUCAAGCGAUGGUCCAUGAGCUCCUGGGCAUCAACAACAACCGUAUCGACUUGUCCCGAGUUCCCGGCAUCAGCAAAGACCUUCGCGAGGUGGUCCUGUCCGCCGAGAAUGACGAGUUCUACGCCAACAACUUGUACCUGAACUUCGGCGAGAUCGGCACCAAUAUCAAGAACCUAAUGGAGGACUUCCAGAAAAAGAGACCCAAGGGCCAGCAGAAGCUGGAGUCAAUCUCGGACAUGAAGGCGUUCGUGGACAACUACCCGCAGUUCAAGAAGAUGUCGGGCACCGUGUCUAAGCACGUGACGGUGGUGGGCGAGCUGUCCCGCCUGGUGGCCGAACGUCAACUGAUGGAGGUGUCGGAGGUGGAGCAAGAGCUAGCUUGCCAGAAUGACCACUCCAGCGCGCAGCAGAAUGUGCGCCGGCUGCUGCAGAACCCACGCGUGUCGGAAAUGGACGCCGUCCGCCUGGUGGCGCUGUACGCCCUGCGCUACGAGCGUCACAGCGCUAGCAUCCUGCCCGCCCUCAUGGAGCAGCUCACCAGGAGGGGCGUGUCCGAGGCCCGACGCAGGAUGGUCCAGUGCGUGGUGGAGUACGGCGGCAAGCGAGUCAGGGGAAGCGACCUCAUCACGCCGACGGACGCCGUCGCCAUCACUAAACAGUUCUUCAAAGGCCUCAAGGGCGUGGAGAACGUCUACGCGCAACAUCAACCUCUUCUUCACGACACGCUGGAUCAGCUGAUCAAAGGUCGCCUGAAGGACAGUCAGUUUCCUUAUCUGGGAGCCAGCAGCCUCAGAGACAGGCCUCAGGAUGUCAUCGUGUUUGUGAUCGGAGGAGCCACCUACGAAGAAGCUUUGUGCGUUUACAACAUGAACCGCAGCACGCCCGGUGUUCGAAUUGUGCUGGGAGGAAGCAGCAUGCUCAACACCAAGAGCUUUCUAGAGGAAGUGAUGUCAUCAACAAGCAGCGGUGGCGAGCGGUCGCAGGGCAUUAGUCGCUAUAGCAACAGACACUGAGAGCCCAACGAACGCGACGUCUUAUAAGUAUUUGUCACUUUACGUUUGUCUUUGUUCGAUGUAAAUCAUGUCAUUUAACUGUGAAUAAAAUGAAUAGAGGAAAAUUCACCA